AUGGCGGGGGGAGGUGGCGAGGUGGGCGACACUUCCCCCAUGUUCUGUGAGGUUUUCCCGGGCCAUGGGGACAAACUGCUGGAUUUCUUCAGCAAGCAGCGCCACGACGACAGCCUCUGCGAUUGUGUGCUAACUGUGGAAGGGGUUGAAUUCCCGGCGCAUGCCUGCGUUUUGGGUGCCUCUAGUCACAGCCUUCUACAACAACUGGUUGAAGUCAGAAAAAACAAUAUCUCCAAACUUUCAAUGGAUGAUGUUACAUAUGAAGGAUUCUAUCCGCUCUUUGAAUACAUGUACAGUGGAUUGUUAAAAUUUGAAAUGAAUCGUGUCAAAGAUAUUCAGAUGUGCGCGCAAACACUUGGACUCAAGGAUCUGGACAGUUUUUUUGAACAGUUCUCUGACGAUUCUUAUGGUAAAAAUAUGUGUGCUCCUGUAAAGGAAGCUGUUCUUCAUGGGGACCCUAAAUCCGAGGUAGAAAACUAUUCUAGUGAUUCGUCAUCUGAUAAACAAGGAUUACCAACAGAGGAGAGAGAUUGUCACAUUGUCAACAACGAACCAGAGCAAAAUGUCGUCACAAGCAUCAGCGGUGACGAAGAAGGAGGAACCCUUGUCAGCAGCGAUGGAGAUCACAGUGCUACGUCUGGGAGCAGUGGGGUGUCGUGCGACUUAGCAGAGGCUAUAGAAAAUCCUCAGUCCGCAGACACAGUUCAGGUCUCCAACUCGGAUGACGUGGAUACGUCAGGUCUGGAUGAUUAUCUCAGCUUCUUUGCAACAUUAAGUGCAAAUGCCGAACCUAUUCCAGCUGAACCAACUCUUGACCAAAGUACACUUCAAGAUACUAAGGAAGCGCCCAACUCACCCCUUACACCAUCCUCAGCACAUCUGCAGACUGGGAUGUCUCAAAGCGGCGGAACGCUAGAGACUUCCCAGGAGCACUGCCAGCUUUCUCAACCUUUAGUGGUGCCGAGUUUGGAGGUCAUGGGCGAAGAUCUCAGAAGCAACGUAAAUGAAUCAAUUUUUGGCACUGAAUCUUCUGUGAGAACUGGUCACUUAAUUAGGGAAAACAUUGGCACAUCGAAGCCUGGCAUACAAGUUGACGUGGACGUUCAGAGGAAGACAUUAGAGGGACAUGUUUUGCCCGAAAUAAGUGGUGUACGAUGUAAAUCACCUGAAGAUAUUUUAAUUACAAAACAAAACCAAAACCCUGGAACUAACAUCGCGGAUGGUAAUAAUCAGUGCAGAACAAUGCAAUCCGUAGGUGAAACUGGGCGAUCUGGCUCAGUGAGUGAAGCAAGUGAAUUAUGUUCAGGUGAGAGAGCAGAUAAUUUAUUGAUGGUCAAGAAGAAUGUUGACAGUGAUUCCCAGUCCAAAAACUCUCAAGGAACAGUAAGCAAGUCGAGAUGUGGAAUGAAGUUAAGAAAGCGUCCUGCCUCCAGGCGAACGUAUUCUUCCCCGUCGGAAGAGGGCUCUGUACAAAUUGACAACUCAAACCGCCGCGUGUACGUGCGAUCACAGGCUCCGUUUAGCAGCGAAUCCGCUGGGAAUUCCAUUCAGUUCGGCGCUAAUCUAGCUUUAUUGCUAAAAAAGCACGGAGUAUCAGCUACAGCGUUGACGGUCAAGACUUCUCAACUAAAGACGGUUCAGAAACGCAAGAGGACAACUCCCCGAAAGAUUCACAAAAAUAGCCCAAGCUUCAAGAAGGCCGUGGGGGUUGACACUUCCGUUAUGCGACGAACGAAGAAGAAAAAAACGGAGAAAGGAAAGAGUUCCACGGAAGAUGCAAGGGUAAAGGCAUACAAUUGCCCAUUGUGUCCAAGGGGAUUUUUUCGAGAACCGUCUUUGAAGAAACACUGCGAAGGUCAUGCUUACGGUGGAAUACACAAAUGUCACGUGUGCAGCAGGAGCUACGUACGUCUGUGUGAUUUCACCAGACAUGUCCGCAGUCAUGGGACUCUGCGCUGUGAGUACUGCGAAUUUACCACCAAGUCUCAAAAGCAUUUUGUGGAUCAUAAUGAACAGAAGCACCACUCACCCAAACCUUUCCGCUGUCAUUUCGAAGACUGCAAUUUCGCGUCCAGCAAGCUUCAUGAUUUAGACGAACACCGGCUGAUUCAUAGCCAAGUCAAGUGUUUCAGUUGUGAACUGUGCGGCAAGACAUUUGCUCAGAAAGGCGGUUUAUAUAGCCAUAAAAAGAGCUGCAUGCAAAAGCGAGAUUUUUUGUGCGACAUUUGCGGUAGAGCUUUUAACCAUCUAGGCAGUAUGAAAUCUCACCGAAGAAUACACGUUGGCGAGAAGCCUUUUGAGUGCAGUGAAUGCAAUGCUCGCUUUAGUGAUCAUCGGAACUUAAAGCGCCAUAAGCGAAUUCAUGAAAAUGCCUUCCCAUACGCAUGCGAUUUUUGUGAUAAGCGGUUUAGGCAUUCAAAUUCACGAAAAAGCCACAUGACUAAGCAGCACUUUCAGGUCGACGUGCCAGAGACCUCAGCGGACAAACUGACCAAGCUAAUCUCACCCAUGAACCCUUACUUGAUAUCAGUACAACAGUUGCCUGUACAAGAUGUCUACCUACAGCAAGAGCGGCUCCCCUUGUAUGAAGAGCGAGGACUGGCUCCACAAGUAUUGCCUGACCACCCCCCAACAGAUGCCCAUUAUGUUAAUCAAAUUCCCCAUCAGAACUUGCAACAAUAACCCCAAUAAACGUUUGGAAGUAUACUCUUAUAACAAAUACUAAUAUUUUUAUAAAACAAUCUCAGCUGUUAGCCUUUAGUGCUGGAUGUUUCUUCGAUCCUUGUUUCACGUGUAAGCUUUACAGGGUAAAUUUAGUUUAAAUGUUUAAAUUUUGUUUAAACGUUCAUAUUAUAGUUGAAGAGCAAAGUUCAGCAAGUGUACAGGAAUACUGGCCCAAAAAGAAAACUGAGCCAUUCUUCUCACAAUCGUGUCUAGUUUUCCAGCCAUUAUGUAUAGUUUAGUGAUUCCAUUAAGUUGGUCCAAAAGUUCUUAAAAUAUUCAAGGAAAAAUCUUAAUUAUUCCAUUGCAUGGUGCAGCCUAAGGUUUUUUUGUUCUUUGUCAAAGAAUGGCUAUAAUUACUAGGCGCUGUAACUUCCCCAAGAACGUGUGAUUGCACGUUAUGAUAGAAAGUGAUAAUUACCCAGAUAUGGAUCCGUUGACUGCAAUAUGUCGACUUCCCGAAGCUAUUGUCCAUUAAUACCAUGCAUAUCGUUAGCUUUUUCAGAAUCUUUAUUCUCGCCUAUUAAUUAGUUUACUCAAUCGUUAAUUAAAUCAUCUUAUCUAUGCAUGCAUAUUUUGUUAUUCUAUUUCGAGAGUAAGUGCUACGAGCAUCUUUGUAUUCUUGUAUUACUUUAUUUUCUGUGAAUAUCCUCUAUAUGAAACACUGUUGAUGUGUAUAUCUGUGAGUUAAGUAUACCUUGGUGAGGUAUUUAUGUACAUGUAUAUAUUUUAAGCUACAUAUAUACGCUCUGUAGCGGCAGAAGUGCUAGACUGUUUAUGUUUUACUGUUCAUUUGAGAUUAUGAAUAUCGUCAUACAGAAUUGCAGCCUGUUAUUACUCGUCCAGAAUUUGGCACGGAUUGUUUUGUUCGUUUGUUUGAUUGUUUUCUGUGAAAUACACAGAACUGCCCCGUUAAAGAAACUUGUUUUGCUUGUUCAUUGCUUUUCGUGGAUAUUUAACCGUGACAGAGCAGUAACUGUUUUCUUCAGGCA